CCUGAGGCGGCUCCGUCGCUUAUAAGCUCCCCGCGCAAAGUUUCCCUCACUAUUAAUCAGUGCGGGACGCGCGUGGCCAGCGAAGCGGUCCACGAUGCCCACCAAGAACGUCACCGAGGAGCGGCUCUCCAAGUUCAAGAACAAAGGCAAAGACCCCACGAAACUCCGGGAUAAAAGGAUCACGGAGUGCGUGGAGCUGCGCAAAGCUCACAAAGACGAGAACUUCCUGAAGCGAAGACACAUCACGCUGUCGUCGCUUCCGGACGAAGAGGCCCUGUCUCCUGAUUAUCUCUCCAACGAUUUGGUGAAAUUUCUAUCCAUCGAGGAGAUCAUUAAACUGGUGAAUUCCGACAGCAGGGAGUCUCAGACCCGAGGGUGUCAGGCCGCCAGGAAGCUGCUCUCCCAGGAGCGUAACCCUCCCCUGAAGGAGAUCAUAGAUGCUGGGCUGCUGUCCCGCUUCGUCUCCUUCCUGUCUAUGGACGAUGAGCCGACCCUGCAGUUUGAGGCAGCCUGGGCUCUUACCAACAUCGCCUCGGGCACCUCCUGGCACACACAACAGGUGGUGGAACAUGGAGCAGUGCCGGCCUUUAUCUCGUUACUUGCGUCGCCAAUGUUGCACAUCAGUGAACAGGCUGUCUGGGCUCUUGGAAAUAUUGCAGGUGACGGUUCAGCUUAUCGGGACGUGCUGAUCGAGUGCAAUGUCAUCCCAGCUUUACUGGCCCGCAUCUGCCCGGACACGCCAGUUGGCUACCUGCGCAACCUCACGUGGACGUUGUCCAACUUGUGCCGAAAUAAGAACCCGUUCCCGCCCCUGUCUGCAGUCCUGCAGAUGCUCCCAUCUCUGAUCCAGCUGCUCCAUCUUAGUGAUAAGGACAUCUUGUCUGAUGCAUGCUGGGCGAUCUCCUACCUGACCGACGGUGAUAAUGACCGCAUUGAUGUUGUCGUGAAAACGGGCAUCGUGCCUCGACUAGUGGAGCUCAUGAGCCACGCUGAGCUCGGUGUCCUGACUCCAGCUCUGCGCUCCAUUGGCAACAUAGUGAGUGGCUCCGAUCUGCAAACCCAGACAGUGAUAGAUGCUGGAGUCCUCAACGCCCUACCUAAACUGAUGAGGUAUCCGAAGGCCAGCGUGCAGAAGGAGGCAGUGUGGGCUUUGUCCAACAUUGCUGCAGGACCCUGUAAGCAAAUCCAGCAGCUCAUCACCUGUGGCCUGCUGCCUCCUUUGGUAGACAGGCUAAAGAAUGGAGACUUCAAGACUCAAAGGGAAGCGGUGUGGGCCGUGACCAACUUCACCAGUGGAGGUACUGUGGAGCAGGUGGUGCAUCUGGUGCAGUGUGGAGCCCUGGAGGCCAUCAUCAACCUGCUGCAAGUCAAAGAUGCCAAAGUCCUUCUGGUUUUAUUGGACGCCAUAAACAACAUCUUCAUGGCAGCAGAGAAGCUCGGUGAGACGGACAAGCUCAGUCUGCUGGUUGAAGAACUGGGAGGACUGGACCGCAUUGAGAUGCUACAAAGCCACGACAAUGAAACGGUGUAUCAGGCUGCUCACAAGCUCAUUGAGAAGUACUUUGGUGACGGUGAACUUGAUGGCGUCAAGGUUGAGGCUUCUGAUGAUGCAUUUGUAUUUCAGAGUCCUGACGUUACGAGAACCUUUAGUUUUUAGAUAACUGUCAUGUUGUUGUAUUCUGUGCUAUAAAUAAACAUUGCAUUAAAUUAAA